ACUGGAACAUCUGCUGCCAAGGGUGGGACUUUAGGUGUGAAGGACCAAUCUGAUAUCCAAAUUACUACAUCUUUAGUUGAAACUACUGGACAGAAUCCUAGUGCUGAUGGCAUAUCACAUCCACAAGUGUCCACUCCAUCCAGUUCUAUCGCCAAUUUGUCGUCAGUUAGUCCACUGUCUUCAGUGUCUCAUGAAGCAUCUUCUGCACAAAAUUUUCCAUCGUUUGUACAAGCUCCAGCAUCAUCGUCUUCCCCAAUGACUACACAAAUUACGAAUAUCCAGAGUCAGCCAGCCACAUGUGCAAGUCCUGGCCAAACUAAAGGACCAUACCAGAGCUGCCAGACAGUGCCGUCACCUCGCCCUCAAGGAGUAUCAAAUCAAGAAAUGGGCAUUCUGCGUAUGGGAUAUCCAUCGUAUUCUCAUCCACAAGCUCCUCUUCCCAAUAAUCCAUAUUCAUCAGGUGGUCGUACACCGGGUUUUCCUUCAGCUGGUUAUUCUUUGCGUCCUCCAUCUAUGCAUGCAGCUGUCUCUCUUUCGGAUAGUAUACCGUAUAGACAACAAUUUCAGACUCAGUCCUCUAGUGGACCAGCUAGUACAAGCUCAAUGCCACCCCCACCAACAUUGCCUCCAGCUUCUGUCUCAUCAAGUCAGUCAUGUGCUGGUGAUAAUAAUGGACCCUCACAACCACCAUUUUCGCAAGUUCUUCCAUAUUCAACACCUGUAUCUUCUACAAGCAGCGGUUAUGCCACACCAGGUUCUGUUCACGGUCCUCAUCUACCUUGGGAUCAAGAAGCUUCAUACCAACCAACACCGCAUCACCCCAGCAAUAUGUUUCAUCACCAGUUCGGUGGUCGUCCACCAUAUAUUGGUCCACCAGACCGUGGAAGUGGUUAUCUUCCAUCUUCAUCAGUUCCAAGUUCCAAUGCUUCAAACUCAGUACCACAUAAUGGACAACACUUACAUCCCUCAGCUACUGGACCCUAUCCUCAUAAUCAGUCUCUGUCGUCGUAUGCAAUUCAUCAUGCUCAGUAUCCAUAUUCACAAUCUCAAAUGCCUUACCACUCUCAAUCGCAAUAUACACAUCCUUAUUCACCAGGACCUGGUGCUCCAGUAAUACAGCAGCAGCAACAACAUAUGGCAGCAUCUACUGGUGCUAUGGCUUCAACGUACUCUUCACCAAUGCUUAAUAAUGCAUCACCUUUACCGCAUCAUCUACUGAACUCUAGAGAUGGAUUUCAUAUGCAUUAUCCGCAUGAUGUGCAACAACAUCCUUCAGUGUCUUCAUCGAAUGAGAAUUUCACACCAGCAUCAUUUCCUCAGAAUGGAGGAUCACCUGGCAAUAUUAGACCAUCAUCAGUCAUAAAUAGUGUUUCAAAACCAGUUGUUGCCGGUGGAAAAAUGACAAAAUCUGAGUUACUAACUCGUCCAGUUAAUUCUACGAUUUCGGCAUCUUCACAAAUUAGUACCAACCAAACUGGUCUAGGGCCAACUGAAGUGAACUCUAUGAAUUUUCCACAACAGUAUCAGCAUCGUGUACCAGGGCAGUCUAGUCAUCCACAAAUGCUGCAGCAAUACCCAGGAAACUAUCCUUCGGGAAUAGGAUCUCAUCGAUUUGGAGCUCCUAGUGGUGGUGGAGAAAUUCUACAAGGUUCAUCUACUUUCCAGAGUUUUCAACAACAGUAUCACUCCAUACCUAACUCUCAUGUACCACCAGAACCCCAAAAUACUUCUGGCCCGAUUGAUAAUCAGAGUUCGUUGUAUUCUAGUGAUGAAACACAUUCAGAUGUCGGAAACCUUAAUCAAACUUUGAAUAAUUUAUCAAGUCAGAGUCUUACUGGCUUCCAUAAAUUGUUGGAGAUGGGAAAUGAACCUGAACGGCGACCAUGGUUGGAGAACUACAUGCGUUUUAUGGAUGAUAUUGGGAAGCCGGUUGUCGGUAUCCCUCAAGUAGUCAAACAGCCUCUUGAUCUUUAUCGGUUCUACGUGGCUGUAAGAGAACGUGGUGGUGUGGCAGAAGUAAUUAAAGCUAGAAGGUGGAAAGAAGUAAGUCAGGCGAUCGGCAUCAAUGCAUCUGCUUCAGCAGCAUAUGGUUUACGCAAAAACUAUUGUAAGUUUUUACUGGAGUACGAGUGUCGCUUUGAUCGUGAUGGAUCUGAUCCUCGGCCUUUACUUACGCACAUAGAAAAUCUGUCUGGCAAAAAGAGAAAGUGUUCUUCAGUUGACAGUGACCCAAACAGUUUGUCUAAUGAUCUACCCCCUCCUGCUCCACCUUCACCAACUGGAAGUCAUUCUUCUGCAUCAUCCAGUCUUUUACCUCCGGGUAGCAGUGGAGCUUCAUUAUCCGGUGGUCCCAGUGGGACUGCUGGAAGCGCCGCAAGUGACAGUCAGCUUGGACCUCCUUCAUCUCAGCAACAUCGUUUCAGUGACCAUGGUCAGCCAGGUAGUGUUUCUACCGUUCCAGAAAGUCCUAAUGGUAUUCCGAAUGUCCCUAGCCCACCUGGGCUAUCAGGACAAAGUAGUAAUUCCUACUUACCAUCUUCAGGCCCUGCGACUAUGAAUGUCCCUUCACCCCAACGUCCUCUUUCAUGCACGGUUGCUAAUGGUUAUUCAAACGUACCCAUUUCUGCUUCCGAUAGCAACUGCUGUCCAUGGCCUUGGACACCUGAAAAUAGUAACUCUGAAUCAGGUACUCACCAAACCCCAGCAGCAUCGGAAUCGUCAACAAUGGAACACAGUGGUAUCCUGGUUACUAGAGAAGCUACCUCAUCUCAAUACGCACAAAGUCGUAUUCCGUCUGGAAGUAUCUCAUUCAACAGUAAUGUUCUCCCUUCUAAUGUGUAUGCUGGUGGACCCAAUCCUAACUGCGCGUCUUCGGCUCCCUCGGGAAAUACAGAACCUAUGGCGCAACAUAAUUUUAACCCAUAUUUACCUCAAAAUCCUGUAUUUGUUUCUAAUCCUUCUCAUCCUGUACUUAGUCAACACCAUGGUCCUCCACAACUUAUGGAUCAUCCAUUCACAGGAUCUCAAUCGCCUAUACAUCCACGUCAUCCAACUAACCAUUCAUUCCGUACACCGUCUUUCAAUACUGCUACUCCACCCAAUGCUGUUAGUAGUGAUUCAGUUGCUAUGUUUCGUAUGCACCAGUUAAGAUCAGGCGCACCUCCGAUGUCUCCUUAUAUGUCCGUCGGUGCUGUAACUCCUUAUUCUGCUCACAAUAAUAACAAUAACAACAAUAGUAAUUUAAGUCAGAAUUCACCCUUACCGCCUCAUCUGACUCAACACGGGAAUCAGCGACCAGGAUAUGUUGCUACUAUUCUCAAACGUUUGGAUCAUUAUACUUUCCCACCUGGUAGUGUUGAAGCUACACCAAUCGAUUCACCUCGACGCCGACGUUAUCGAGCAAAGGAUUUAGGUCCCAUCCCUCCUUUCAAACUGUUGAUGGCGCUCCGGUCAGGUCUGACAGCUGAAGUGUCUUGGGCAUUAAAUUGUUUGAAUAUUUUACUGAGGGAUGAGAAUGGGUUCGAUCUUAUCGUUCCGAGUGCAUUGCCAGGAUUACUCACUAGUUUAGUUGAUAUAUGGCGACAUACAUUGGGUGAAUUAUUCAAUCACGAUCUGUUUAUCACAUCGUUAGAACUACCAACAGAUUUAUCCGUCAUAUCCACAUCACAAAACCAUACAAAGCAUAAUUCAGUAUUGAAAAAUGUUCAUAACAAUUAUUCAUGUAAUUUUAAAACAAGUUUAUCAUAUUUGGAUGUGAAGAGUAAGUCUUCUCCUCAUGACAACACAUGUGGCGGUAGUGCUAAUGUUUUAAUUCGUUUAGAACGUGAAAUUAGUCAGAUUGCAGCCAUCAAAUGUGUAUCAUUAUCUUCUGUGCGUAAUGGUUUACGUAAUCUAUUGGGUAAACGCAAUGACUCCAGGUCGCUUCAAACUCCUGUUCGUUUCCGUAGUGGUUUAAUGUUUCGUCCUGAGAAUUUAUCUCCAAUGUCUACCACAACUGUCAAUCAUUCGGCUAUUAUGUCGUGCAGUUCAUCCAACAAGCUAGUUGAUACAAAUACACAUUCUGUUAUACCUGUAACUUCUCGUGCAAGGAAACGUGGUAAACAAAUGCUAUUCUCAUCAUCGACAACAUCAAAUAAUUAUAUGUCAGGAUCUACUGGUGAACAAUUUCAUGCAAGUAUUAUGCCCUCUAAUAUAAACUUUUCAAAUGUUGGAACUUGGGGUAAAGCUGAUAGGAUAGUAAUGUGGUCAACACCGCAAGUUGCAUCGAUUAUGGAUAGUCUACGUGCACCAGAAGCUUAUUCAAAUUUAAAAGAUUUAGCCUUGUAUGUUAUUGAUGCUUUGCAUGAUGAAUCACACAGUAAUCAUUCAUCUGAAAUUACUGAUAGCAGUUGCUCAACAACUCAGGAAAAUAAUAAUAAGCCGAGUGUAACAAAGCGUAGCAGUUGUACAUUACGAAAAUUAAUCGAAAAGGGUGGAGGUGAUACAACAUGUCAUAUAAUGCCGCCAUUUGGUGCACAUGCAUUUCAAAGUUCUCAUUGGAUGAAUGAUCAAGAAAAUAUAUUGUCUAAUAUUGAUGAUGAUCGCUUACCUAAAUUAACAGAACCACCACCACCACCAACAACAACAGUUGGUAUUACAUUAAAACAGUCAGUUUCAGUUGAUGGUUCAAAUGAUGAAUUGAUUAAAAUUGGUGAAUUAGAUGAUGAUCAACCUCAUUCUAAACGUAUGCGUCAUGCAUCCUCUUCAUCUCUUCCUUGUCCUACACUAUCUCCUCAACCAACAUGUGACACUGUAUCUGAAGACAUUCCUUGUAAAUUGAUCGAGUUACAUGAUACAAAUUCUAUCACUGAAAUUAAUUGCUGCGAAGAUAAUGAUGAUUUAGUAUUUUCUCAAUUGAUUGAUGAAAAUGGUCGUUGUCCACUACGUGCCCGUGAAGAAUUAGUUCAUCAUGGUGCUAUUUGCUUAUGGCCAGAUCACAAUGAAGCUGACAGUUAUGAGGCACGUGCUGUUCGAUGUCUAUGCGUUUCUACUGUUCUACGUAAUCUUUCGUUUAUUAAUACAGUUGAACGUCAUUUAAGUAAUCAGAAAGGAGUAUUGGCUUUAAUUGGUCGCUUAAUGUUAUUUGGACAUGAACAUGUUGAAGAAAACGAUACAUGGUAUGCAGUAGAACGGAAAACUCAUAAUUUAGAGUCUAGUUUUUGUGCAUGGUGGACACCUACAUGGUUGGAAGAUAUGCGGGAAAAUGCUAUGGUAUUAUUAGUGAAUGUAGCUGGUUACUUAGAGUUAAUUCAUUUUGAUGAGUCAAUAGUUCGUCCAAUUUUAGAAGGCCUUUUGCAUUGGAUUACAUGUACGACGUCUGCUUCAGUUGAUCCUUUUCCAGGUCAUCGAACCCUCAGUCCUCGUCGUUUAGCUCUAGAAGCUUUAAAUCGUCUCUGUGUUCAUGAAACAAAUGUUGAUCUCCUCAUGUCAACUCCUUCAGAUGAAAAAGUACUUAGCAGUCUGUUCGACAGACUAGCUACUUGGCUUGCUGUACCUGAAGAUCAAGUGACACGUGAAUUAGCUUUAUCUACAAUGCAUUAUCUUGCUGGUGGAGGUGCCUCGAUUUCUGCUUCUUCUGUGUCUUCCAGUAUCAAGAGUACCAGUGAAACAAAUACACCCACAAAUACAUAUGUUGGUACAACCAUGCUUGCUGGUGCUAAACCUUGUCCAGUCUCUGGAUUACUCGCUUUUAUUGAAGCUGCUGAAGCAACUACACGACGAGUUAUUGAUCAGUAUGGUGUUCAGGCCUUACAAGAAAGACCAGAAUUGAUGGGGACAAGUUUAGAAAUGGUUCGUCGAGCAGGUGCUCUGCUUGACAGAUUAGCUGUUGAUUCUAAAGGUCGUACUUCCUUCACACCUGACUUAGAACUUAGACUAAUGGAUUUGGUAACUUCUCGUGUUCUAGAUGCAACUGUUGCCCAUCUCUUAUGUGGUGCUCUACAUCGUUUGCUUCCAGAUAAUAGUCAAAUAGAUGAAGACAUAAAAUGUCCGACAAUUCCACCAAUUCCAUCUGCAGCAUUUAUAGCAGAAUUACUAGAGCCAACAAUUGCUACAUCGGCGAAUGUUUCACAGGAACGUACACAUCAAACUGUAGAUACAUCCUCAAAAGUUACAUGCACUGAGAACACUUCAGAAAUAUCUGGUUCAAAUCAUGACAAAAAGCAAUCAGUAGUUAGUAAUUCAGUCAGUAGUGAAGUUACUAAUGAAAAUGAUACAGUUGUAAGUGAAGGUGAUUCAAAAAAGUCUAAUAUUGACAAGUCUCCAGACAAAAAAAUCAUUGUUAACUGUAAAAAUUCUCCUAUUGAUAAUGCUAGUAGUAGUAAUAAUACAGUGAUAAGCAAAGAUUAUUGUAAAGAGGACAAAAAACUGAAUGGAUCUAUUAUAACUGAUAAAUACAAUGUAAAUUGUAAAUCUGAAAUAUCUGAUUUUAAAGACACAGCAGUAAAUGAUCAUACUAAUGUCUACUUAAACAAUCCAGACUCUCAGUUGAAAAUUAAUUGCAUGAAUUCAUCUUAAAAAUACGUGUUAUAUACUAUAUGUAUACAUAUAUAUUUGUAUAUUACUCUUCACUGACUUAUUUGUCAACUCUGGAUAUCUCCUUCUCUCCUGCGUUUCUAAGAUAAUCUGUGAAUCUUUCCUAACUUUUGUUUUUCACCUCAACAAAGCAUUCCUCUGAAUUAACCUACAUACACUUGCGAAUUUCUUAAUGAUGAUGAUAAUGAUAUGUGAACAUACAAAACACUUAAAAAUUUAUCUCUGAUGUAUUUUAUCACUGAUUCAACCGUUUCAACUAAUAACACCAACAACAACAGUAAUAAUAAUGGUUGGAAAGAUUGAAAGUAAAUAAAUAAAACCUACUUUGUCUGUUCAUUUUACUGUAUACAUCUUUUUCAUUGUCGCCACUGCCGCCACAACCUCCACAUUCUACACUACUUUUAUAAAUAAAUUUGUACAUAAUAUUCAUAAAAACUAGCCCAGAAUAUCAAGAAUAGUUGUGCUUUUUUACGUAUUCUGUACGAUGUUGUCAUUGUGCAUCUAUGGUUGGUUUGUGCAUAAGGUACAAUAAUUGAUGAAUUAUAAAUAUAAAUAGUUGUAUGUAUCUCAUGCGUGUGUAUACUUGUGUGUCUGUGUGUAUUCUAUUUAUUCUCUUUUUGAACACUCGGUUUACACACAAAUACACUAUGGUUAUGCCCACUUUUGUAAUGUAAUGUAAUCACCUUUCACUGAUUCCCGUCUAUGUCCCUUUGUCAUUGUACAAGUGUGGAUGUCUUAACUGCUCUACUAGUAUGAUGAACGUGAAUCCCUUUUUCACCUUUCACCCUUUCUCAUCUCAAUACCCCAUUUGUAUACAUGUUUAACUCUUUCCCUCUCUCCUUUUUUCAUUCUUUUGUUAUAUUUACGCAUUGGCACAGGUAUAUUUUGACUUUUUGUAGGUCUAAUAAUCGUAUUCCUCACUUUCUUUCUUCCUUUUUUGGUUUAUUUCUUGCCUAGAAAUCUUUUUAUCUUAAAUUUUUUUCUUCGUGUUUUUAGGCUGUUCAAAUUUCGUACAUCAUUCUAAUCAAAGUGGAUUUUCAUUGGCCUUCUUUCUUGUCGUAAUUUCUUGCUCCACGUAUGUGUAUGUAGUGUUUCUUUUGAACUAGAAAGAGAAAAUCAACAACAACCUUGUAAUUCAAUGACGCCUUAAACCCACGCACAUUAUAUAUAUAUAUACGCUCCACAUUUGAUUACACAUAGGUGAAUACAAAUGGAAGAAAGUACUACAACUAAACAUGUGUUUUUGACCUACUGUUUCUCCUUAUUUCACAACUUCCUUUUAUUCCUAGUGUGUAUGUGUUUUCUGUGUCUUUAUGUAAUUUAUUUGUUCUUUUAAAGAGAAAAAGAAGGAAGAAAAUGACACUUGCUAAUUAUUUCCGGUUUCUUCUUUAUUAUCAUUAGUAUUGUUUAUUUAUUUGUAUUUUAGUCUCUGUCCUAUUUUAAGAUUAUCACUGCUACUGUAGCCCCCUCGCUUUGCUCCUCCCUCUGUUUCCUUUUUAGCCUUCCUUCAGUUCCCUAACUAAGUAAACCAUGAAAGCAAAUAAAGGAGUGCAUUUUUGACGUGAAUUAAUCUGUACUGUGUAAAUUCAUUUCAUUAACAUUAUUAUUAUACUAUAAUCUCUUUAGUAUGAAAUAAAAAAAUUAUUAUUAUUAUU